AUGGCGCCGCGGGAGAGUGCUCGGCCGUCGCAGCGGCAUCGGGAGUCAGGAACCAGAAAACACCAGCAUCGGAAACGCAGUUCAACGGCCCGGAGAGCUGCAUCAUCCUCGGAGGGGGCGAAAUCGGGCGGCAGCGCGCACACACUCUCGGCUGAUGCUCUUGCUCAGCUGAACGCACAGAAUGCGCGGCCGUCUGCUUCUCGGCCCAGAGACCGGGACCGCGACAGGGAGAGGCAGAGAGAAAGGGAGCGACGACGCACUCAGGACGCAGAACGCGACAGAGACCGAGACCGAGACCGGAGGAGAGACGCCAGACGGACAAAAGUAUCCCGCGAUGACUACCGCGAGGUCGAGAGGGUAGUAGUCGAGAAGCCCAGGAGACAUCACAAGAGUAAGAAGAGGAGAGUGGUGAGCGGAGCAAUGGUCGAAGAAGGGAGGGGACGGGAACUUCGAGGCAUCCGCGGCGGCGGCGCAAGUUGGGAUAGCCUCGAAAAAGAGGGCAUCUAUGAGACGCCACCAAGCAGGUGGAAGAACAAACGGCUAUGGAUAAUCAUCGGGGUGGUGAGCGUCGUUUUACUGGUUAUCAUCAUCGUCGCCGUUGUCGUCAGUCAAAAGAAGUCCAAUGAUUCCAGUUCCAACUCCGGUAGCUCUGAUAUCGGAAAGGUGUCACCGAGCAGUAUUCCCGCGGAUGCUCCCGCCUGGCUGAAUCCGUUCAAGUGGAAAGAUACGACAGGCUUCAAUCUCACCUAUACCGAUCAGCUCGUCGGCAAUCUUCCGGUUAUGGGUCUCUUUACACAAUGGGACGACUCCAAGGCUCCCAACAGCCGCGUGCCCCCUAUCAACAAGCCGUGGGGUUCGUACGCCACCACUCCAGCCCGGGGUGUGAAUGUUGGGGGCUGGCUAUCACUGGAACCGUUCAUCACGCCUUCAUUAUUCAACUACGACUUGAAGCUCGGCAUCAUUGACGAGUGGACCCUGUGUAAACAUCUCGGUGAUCAAUGCGCCGAUAAGCUUGAACAGCAUUAUGCGACUUUUGUCACCGAGAAGACGUUCGCCGACAUAGCGAAUGCUGGACUCGAUCACGUCCGCAUCCCCUAUUCGUACUGGGCCGUGGAAGUGUAUGAAGGAGAUCCGUAUCUGUUCAGGACUUCUUGGAGGUAUCUCCUUCGAGGCAUCGAAUGGGCGAGGAAAUACGGGCUGCGCAUUAACCUGGAUCUGCACGGCCUUCCGGGCAGUCAAAAUGGCUGGAAUCACAGCGGCAAACAGGGCGCCAUCGGGUGGAUGAACGGGACCGAUGGUGCGCUGAACGUGAAGAGGUCGGUCGAGAUUCAUGACCGCCUCUCCCAGUUCUUCGCGCAGGACCGUUACAAGAACAUCAUCACCCACUAUGGCUUGGCCAAUGAGCCGCGAAUGACCUUCUUGCCUGUGUCGGAAGUCAUGAGCUGGACUCAAGAUGUUGCUAGCAUGGUUCGGAAGAAUGGUAUCAAGGAUGCCAUUGUCGUUUUUGGCGACGGCUUCAUGGGGCUUGGCAAGUGGAAAGGUCAGCCCAACAACAACAACCUGGCGCUCGACGUACACCAGUAUGUCAUUUUCAACACGAAUCAGAUCGUAUACACGCACGCCGACAAGAUCAAGUACGCGUGCUCUGGCUGGACGCAGCAAACCGAGCAGAGCAUGAACACAGCCACGGGCUUCGGGCCUACCUUGGUGGCGGAGUGGUCCCAGGCAGACACGGACUGCCGGCCCAUGCUCACCAACGUGGGACAGGGCAAUCGCUGGACCGGAACGUACGACAUUGGGGACCCCAGCCUGAACGUAUUGACGCCGCGCUGCCCGACCAAGAACUCGCAGUGUUCGUGUGACCAGGCCAACGGCGACGCCAGCCGGUACGGCAAUUCGUACAAGAAGUUCCUCAAGAUGUUUGCCGAGGCGCAGAUGUACUCCUUCGAGAAGGGCUGGGGCUGGUUCUACUGGACAUGGGACACGGAGUCUAGCACCGGCGGCUCGGCGCAGUGGUCCUACAAGCAAGGCAUGGCGGCUGGCAUCUUGCCUACGAAGGCCUGGGAGAGGGAUUUCAAUUGCGAUCUGAGCCAGAUUCCGGACUUUGGGGAUUUGCCAGAGACGUACUGA